CCGGCGGUGGCCGGGAGAGGGGAGCCAGGGCGGCAGCCGGCGGUUGGGGAGACGGCGGAGGCCGGCGGCGCGAGUAAGGGGGCGGCCAGCGGUGACCUCGCAAUUAGCAAAUCCUGCCGCCAUGUUCGUCGCCAGCCCCCCACCCGACGCCGCCGGCAACCCUUACCAUCAAUCCCCCUCACCCGGCGAUUACACUGAAUACUGGGUGCUGGGGUUCCAAUCGGAUCACAGCGCAGGAUCUUCCACCCCCACCCCCACCGUUGGUGGAUCGUCCCCUGGCGACGUCUCGGCGGCCCCCGUUCUCGAUCUCUCGGAAAUCCCUCGUACGCGGGCCGGCGCUGACGCCUCAGCUGCCCGAUACGGUCGCAUGCACCGCCGCCGUGCCCGCGACGAGAUUGGCCGCAGGCCCCACUUCCGCUCGCCCCCGCCGCUGCAGCCGUCACCCAAGCGGUCUCGCCGGUCGGAAGAUGACCCCAAGGAGUCUCCGCCGCUGCAGUCGUCACCCGACAAGUCUUGCUGCGAGAGCCCUCUUCAAAGAUUUGAUAGCCCAAUGAAAUUUUAUGCUUCAUAUGAGAUCAAUGACUUGCCUAAUUCAAAUGUGGAACUGGAUCCUUCAUACAAGUCAUUGGUCAAUGAUUUCAUGGAUGCGAUGGAAAAUAAUUGCCAUGAAAGUGAGGACUUGGAGGAUGAUCCAGCAAAGCGUCAAGAAAUGUAUCAAGAGCAAACGAAACGUUUUGCUGAAUUGGCUCUGAGGCGUUACAACAGCAACAAGAACAAUAAGGUUAAAUACUCUCUGGUUGAGGCCAUCAAGUCAAAUGGAAUUUUUGAGGGCACUAAAAUAUAUACCCAUGUCAAUUUAUCUGUCGUAGCUAAAAAUGGCCCCAAAAAAAAUGCCACCAAGGUACUUGUAUUUGCAGAGCUGCUACAUGUUGGAGAUCGUCCCAAUGCGAUGGCUCUCACUUCGUUUCAUUUGCUUGACGAGAAGAAGCAACUAGCUGGCUGUCGUCAUCUGGCUCAAAACUCUUUUGGGAAUAAAGAUAAGGACAUGAAUCAUUGCUAUGCCUGCACUGAUGUGAUCAAGCAUCCUGAUGGAGCACGGUACAAGGCAGGCCAUUUUGUUGCCAUGUCAUAUUACUAUGAAGAUUAGAAAGAGAAGCCCCCCUCUUCACAAGAUCAAAUCA